GUGACCCUCCCUCAUGGCGGCGGCGGUAGCUUCGGUGCUGGCGGCGUUCGGUGGCCGGAGCCGGAUCCUGUAGCCGGGGUGUGGGCCAGCGUCAGUCCGUCCCUCCUGCGGCCCCUUCUCUUGUCUUCCUGAGUGUGGCUGGCGAGGCCGGGAUGGCAGAGCGAGGCCUGGAACCCGCGCCGGCCACGGUGGCUGCUCUGCCGCCCGAAGUGCGGGCGCAGCUGGCGGAACUGGAGCUGGAGCUCUCGGAAGGGGACAUCACACAGAAAGGAUAUGAGAAGAAAAGGUCAAAACUCCUGUCUCCUUACAUCCCGCAGACACAAGAAACUGAUUCAGCAGCACAGAAAGAACAUAGAAACCAGACACCUGCUCCAUCUGCAGCUCAAACUUCCGCUCCUUCUAAGUACCACCGAACUCGAUCUGGGGGAGCCAGGGAUGAACGAUAUCGAUCAGAUAUUCACACAGAAGCAGUUCAAGCCGCUCUGGCGAAGCAUAAAGAACAGAAAAUGGCUUUGCCCAUGCCAACCAAAAGGCGGUCCACGUUUGUUCAGUCUCCUGCAGAUGCCUGCACACCUCCCGACACGUCUUCAGCCUCCGAGGAUGAGGGCUCUCUGAGACGCCAAGCUGCGCUCUCUGCUGCCUUACAACAGAGCUUACAGAAUGCUGAGUCCUGGAUCAACCGUUCAAUUCAGGGAUCGUCCACUUCUUCAUCUGCAUCUUCUACGCUGUCCCAUGGAGAGGUCAAAGGAACCAGUGGGUCUCUAGCUGAUGUAUUUGCCAAUACUCGAAUAGAGAAUUUCUCUGCUCCCCCAGAUGUCACUACAACUACCUCUUCUUCAUCAUCAUCUUCCUCAAUACGCCCAGCAAAUAUUGACCUGCCCCCCUCGGGGAUAGUUAAAGGCAUGCACAAAGGAUCCAACAGGUCCAGCCUUAUGGACACAGCUGAUGGUGUUCCUGUCAAUAGCAGAGUAUCCACAAAAAUCCAGCAGCUUCUCAACACUCUGAAACGACCCAAAAGGCCUCCCUUAAAAGAAUUUUUUGUGGAUGACUCUGAAGAAAUUGUGGAAGUACCUCAGCCAGACCCCAACCAGCCGAAGCCUGAGGGACGGCAGAUGACUCCUGUGAAGGGAGAGCCCUUAGGCGUCAUCUGUAACUGGCCGCCUGCUCUUGAGUCCGCCCUGCAGCGCUGGGGCACCACUCAGGCGAAGUGCCCCUGUCUGACUGCGCUGGAUGUGACCGGAAAGCCAGUGUACACUCUCACGUAUGGAAAGUUGUGGAGCAGAAGUUUAAAGUUGGCCUACACACUGCUUAAUAAACUGGGGACCAAAAAUGAACCUGUAUUAAAACCUGGAGACAGGGUAGCCCUGGUUUAUCCCAACAAUGAUCCAGUCAUGUUCAUGGUGGCUUUCUAUGGCUGUCUGCUGGCAGAAGUGAUUCCAGUGCCUAUAGAGGUACCUCUUACCAGAAAGGAUGCUGGAGGGCAGCAGAUUGGCUUCUUGCUAGGAAGCUGUGGUAUUGCCUUAGCUCUUACCAGUGAAGUUUGUCUAAAGGGGCUGCCAAAAACACAGAAUGGAGAGAUUGUACAGUUUAAAGGUUGGCCCCGGCUCAAAUGGGUUGUAACCGAUUCCAAGUACCUUUCCAAGCCUCCGAAAGACUGGCAGCCCCACAUCUCGCCGGCUGGCAGUGAACCAGCAUACAUUGAGUAUAAAACAAGCAAAGAAGGGAGUGUGAUGGGAGUUACAGUGUCCCGCCUCGCAAUGCUGUCCCACUGCCAAGCGCUGUCCCAGGCCUGCAAUUACUCUGAAGGAGAAACCGUAGUAAAUGUUUUAGACUUUAAGAAGGAUGCCGGGCUGUGGCAUGGCAUGUUUGCGAACAUAAUGAGUAAGAUGCAUACAAUCAGUGUGCCCUACUCUGUUAUGAAGACCUGCCCUCUCUCUUGGGUCCAGAGAGUACAUGCCCACAAAGCCAAAGUAGCUUUAGUAAAAUGUCGAGACUUGCACUGGGCUAUGAUGGCACAUCGGGACCAGAGAGAUGUGAGCUUGAGUUCUCUCCGGAUGUUAAUUGUGACUGAUGGAGCUAAUCCCUGGUCCGUGUCAUCCUGCGAUGCUUUCCUGAGUCUGUUCCAGAGCCAUGGACUGAAACCUGAGGCCAUCUGUCCCUGUGCCACUUCUGCUGAAGCCAUGACUGUGGCGAUCCGCAGGCCUGGAGUCCCAGGGGCCCCUUUGCCAGGAAGAGCCAUUCUCUCAAUGAACGGAUUGAGCUAUGGGGUAAUACGGGUCAAUACUGAAGAUAAAAAUUCAGCACUAACAGUCCAGGAUGUAGGACAUGUAAUGCCUGGUGGGAUGAUGUGCAUUGUGAGACCCGAAGGACCUCCCCAGCUCUGCAAAACAGAUGAGAUUGGAGAAAUCUGUGUCAGCUCCAGAACAAGAGGCAUGAUGUACUUUGGGCUCACUGGUGUGACCAAAAGUACAUUUGAGGUGAUUCCAGUGAAUUCUGCGGGCUCUCCUGUUGGGGACGUGCCAUUCAUCCGGUCAGGAUUGCUGGGGUUUGUAGGGCCAGGCAGCUUGGUGUUUGUGGUUGGAAAAAUGGAUGGGCUACUGAUGGUUAGUGGUCGGAGACAUAAUGCUGACGACAUUGUUGCUACUGGACUGGCUGUUGAGUCAAUAAAGACUGUUUACAGGGGAAGAAUUGCUGUGUUUUCUGUGUCUGUAUUUUAUGAUGAGCGCAUUGUGGUGGUUGCGGAACAACGACCUGACGCUACUGAGGAGGACAGUUUCCAGUGGAUGAGCCGUGUGCUGCAGGCAAUCGAUAGCAUUCAUCAAGUCGGGGUUUAUUGUCUUGCCCUGGUGCCUGCCAAUACUUUGCCAAAAACUCCACUAGGAGGGAUUCAUAUAUCUCAAACAAAACAUCUCUUUCUGGAAGGAUCUCUACAUCCAUGCAAUAUCCUCAUGUGCCCACAUACAUGCGUGACCAAUUUGCCAAAACCCCGGCAAAAACAACCAGGUGUAGGCCCUGCUUCUGUGAUGGUUGGGAACCUGGUUGCAGGAAAGCGGAUAGCACAAGCUGCAGGAAGGGAUCUCGGGCAAAUUGAGGAGAAUGAUUUGGUAAGGAAGCACCAGUUUCUGGCAGAGAUACUACAGUGGCGAGCCCAGGCAACUCCUGACCAUGUACUCUUCAUGCUGUUAAAUGCAAAGGGCACUACAGUGUGCACAGCAAGCUGCCUUCAGCUUCAUAAGCGAGCAGAAAGGAUUGCAUCAGUUCUUGGCGACAAGGGACAUCUAAACGCAGGCGACAAUGUGGUGUUGCUCUAUCCACCUGGCAUUGAGUUAAUUGCUGCAUUCUACGGCUGCCUGUACGCGGGGUGCAUACCUGUGACUGUCCGACCUCCUCACGCUCAGAACCUCACUGCCACAUUGCCCACCGUCCGUAUGAUUGUUGAUGUCAGCAAAGCCGCCUGCAUUCUCACCACGCAGAUGCUAAUGAGGUUACUGAAGUCCCGAGAGGCUGCAGCAGCUGUAGAUGUGAAAACCUGGCCAACCAUCAUUGACACAGAUGAUUUACCCAGGAAAAGGUUGCCACAGCUGUAUAAACCACCCACUCCUGAGAUGUUGGCGUAUCUUGAUUUUAGUGUCUCUACAACAGGCAUGCUUACAGGAGUGAAGAUGUCCCACUCUGCAGUCAGUGCUCUCUGCAGAGCCAUCAAACUCCAGUGUGAGUUGUAUUCUUCUCGGCAGAUCGCCAUCUGCCUUGACCCCUACUGUGGACUUGGCUUUGCACUCUGGUGUCUCUGCAGUGUCUAUUCAGGUCACCAGUCCAUCUUAAUUCCUCCUAUGGAGUUAGAAAACAACCUUUUCCUCUGGCUUUCCACUGUUAACCAGUACAAAAUAAGGGAUACAUUCUGCUCCUAUUCGGUAAUGGAACUCUGCACCAAAGGGCUUGGAAACCAAGUGGAGGUGCUAAAGACCAGAGGGAUCAACCUCUCCUGCAUCCGGACGUGUGUGGUGGUGGCCGAGGAGCGGCCCCGAAUCGCCCUCCAACAGUCCUUUUCCAAACUCUUCAAAGACAUCGGUCUGUCUCCUCGGGCCGUCAGCACUACUUUUGGAUCAAGAGUCAAUGUAGCAAUAUGUUUACAGGGAACCUCAGGGCCUGAUCCAACUACUGUGUAUGUAGAUCUGAAAUCAUUAAGACAUGACAGGGUUCGUCUUGUGGAACGGGGUGCCCCCCAGAGUUUGCUCCUCUCAGAAUCUGGAAAGAUUUUACCUGGCGUAAAGGUGGUUAUUGUAAAUCCUGAAACCAAAGGGCCUGUUGGAGACUCUCACCUUGGAGAGAUUUGGGUCAACAGUCCUCAUACGGCCAGUGGCUAUUACACCAUCUAUGACAGUGAGACUCUUCAAGCUGAUCAUUUCAACACUCGCCUCAGCUUUGGGGAUGCCGCUCAGACGCUCUGGGCUCGGACAGGAUACCUGGGUUUCGUCCGCCGGACCGAGCUCACGGCGGCCACUGGAGAACGUCAUGAUGCGUUAUAUGUGGUGGGAGCUCUGGAUGAAACACUGGAGCUGAGAGGAUUACGAUACCAUCCAAUUGACAUUGAGACCUCAGUGUCUCGGAUCCACAGGAGCAUUGCUGAAUGUGCUGUGUUCACAUGGACCAACUUGCUUGUGGUGGUUGUGGAACUGUGUGGCUCUGAACAGGAAGCCCUCGAUCUGGUUCCUCUAGUGACAAAUGUGGUUCUGGAGGAGCAUUACCUCAUCGUGGGCGUCGUGGUUGUGGUGGACCCAGGCGUUAUCCCCAUCAACUCCAGGGGAGAGAAGCAAAGGAUGCACCUCCGCGACAGCUUCCUAGCUGACCAGUUAGACCCCAUCUAUGUGGCUUAUAACAUGUAAUCAGCCUUGUGGAGAUUGCAGGGGGCCAUCCCAAAAAGCCGCAAGGACCCAAGACCAGUGACUUAAGAGCAAGCUUUCAAAUGAUGUGAGAUAAGCUGAGAUGGCUACAUUUUGUGUCCUUCAUCUCAUCCUGUGGGAUUCUGGGAUCACAUGGCACACAGAAAAGGGGAAUUCCAUGGUGGCAAAUGAAAAAAAAAUGUUAACAGUCAUGAGCUUUGACAUAGCGUGAGCAGCACGUUACUAAAGCAAUUACAUGCAUGUUGCAUAUUUUUCAUCAUCUGUUGUAUAUACUUGUACUUUUACCUAAUGCCAUUUUAGAAUUUUGUAAGGGAGUUUAAUGAAUUCUCAUGAAGGGGUAGCCUGAGUUACACAGUCCCCUGCUCUGCACUGUAUUUUGCUUUUUGCGGUAGCUAGACCCUCUGUGGGUGUCAUUAAUGCGGAACUGCUCAUCUUUCUUCCAUUCGGCUCUGAAGCAAAUUGGAUAACCCACUGAAUAUGAAAAUUACUUUAUAUAUAUAAUUCCUGACUAGAAAAGAUUUUGACCACUGUUUUAAACAUGUAAAUAAGAAUACAUAUAAUUCAGCUUAAAAAAUGAAGAAUUGGCUUGUAUAGUUAUAACAACCAAAGUAGAAACAUUCCUACUUUGAGAGAAUUUCAAAUAUUCUUUUAAUGCAGUGUAAUUGAAUAGGUAACUAAGAAGUGCACAUCGUUGGCAGGUUUCGCUGCACAUUGUACUGUGUCUCUAUUCGCUGGUGUAUUUUAUAAACUAAAGCUGCCUGUGAUUGUUUUAAAAGCUUGCAUCCCCAGAAUCAGCUUAAGCUUUUAAGAAUUCAGCCUGUUUCUACAAGCUGAAAACUCUCAGUUUAAAAAUCAAUGUGACAAAAAAGCUCAGAUUUAUUAGUUCCCACCCUAUUCUAAGGAACCGCAAUAACACACUCUGGCCCCCAGUGUUGAAACUGUCUUUCAAAUUAAGAGUGACUACAUAAGAAUUUAGAAUUUCCUCUUUUUCCAGGCCCAGUGUAAACUGUGUCUACAGUUUAUACAUAUAGCUUCUCUUUUUGUGAAGACCGAAGAGUGUCCUCUGUUCUUCCAGUUCAUGAAGGCCAGGGUUUUGAGGACAAGAAUGAUAGAUUGGGAAGGCAGCAAGAUCAACACCACAUGAAACCGUGAGGCCACAUAACCGUACGUCUCAAAAUUGGCCAAUUUGAUUUGCCAAAAUAGAUAGGCUUAUGCUGAAAUAGGGGAAGCCUGGUGUUUGCAAGAAGCUCUGAAGUAACUGUGGUGCCCAGACCAAGCCAGCUGAGCUUGGGACUGAGUCUGGCCCCUGGCUCAGUUUCCUCUCUUUGGUCUGAUACUUCAUGUAUUUGAAUAUAGUUGGAUUUCUUUAUUUUUUUCUUACAGAAAUAUUUUUAAAAAUUAAAAAAAAUCAAAGUAAACAGAGUUAACAUGUUAAAUCAGAAUGGUUCUCUUUGACCCACUCUGGUCUAUUGUGUAAAUAUUUAUUUAGACUAUUUUAAUAAUACAUAUUAUUUACCCCACUGUAACAUCAUGUAAACUAAAUAUGUUUUUAAACAAUUUUUAAGACUUGUAAUUACCCUGAAAAUAAGGUUUAUAAUGCAAAGACCAGACCCUUGCUGUGGUGGCAUUCUUGGGGGCUACCCUUACAGUCUGUGACUGGAAGCCACUUUACAUAGGACCCCCUUUUACAUAACCCGCCCUUCCUCCCAGUUCAUUCUCUGCCGAGGGCAGACCUCAAGACAUUUUCCAGUUCCAGAUCGCUUUUCCAACAUUUCAGAUGAAAUUGAUUUCCAUGUGAUAGGAGAGGCUCUAGGACAUACAGAAAAGAAGCACUCACACUGGGGCAGGAAAUCCCAGCGACUAGCAAUGGUUUGCUUUGCAAAGAAGACAGCCUGCUUACUUGGAAAGUAGUUUUCUUAAAACCAAUUCACUAAACAAAACAAGGAACCCUUAGGAGUAAAUAGUUCUAUCUCCAUAAUGCAUAAAUUCUAAGAAAAAAAUACAGGCAGAGUCUGUUCCAUGGGCUGCUUUGACCACUCCUUCUUACACAAGUCAGGGGUAUCACAGGGGCUGCAGCUGUCAUUGUAAAUUUUCUAGUAGCCACGUUUUUAAAAACAUAAAAGAAACGUGAUAUUAUCUUAAUAUAUUUUAUUUAACCCAAAAUUGCUAAAAUAUUGUCAUUUCCAUGUGGAAUCAAUAUUAAAAAAUUAAUAAGGUGUUUUACUUUUUCCUAUUAAGUUUUUAGAAUCUAAUAUGUAUUAAGCACAUCCCUUUUCAGACUAGCCAUAUUUCAAGUUUUCAGUAGCCACAUGUUGGUGGCUAAUGGCUAUGAUAUUGGACAGUGCAGAUCAAUAGUCAUUCCUUCAAAUAAGAUAAUCCAUUACUCUCAAAGUGUGGCCGAUUUCCAGAUACUUAGGUGCUGAUUAUCUAGUUUUAUAAGGUCCUUGGGCUUCUGAUUUCUCUUUAGUUUUUGCUUUCUGCCUUGUGGCUGCUUUAUUGAUCUUUUGCAUAUCCCCCAAAGCCAAAAUAUGCUUGUGGAGGAAAGAAAGCUGGGAGGUGUCUUUGGGAGCUUCAGCACUAAUGCUGGUAACGUACCUGUGCAAGGGGAAGAGAGUGCAGCCGUGGGCUUAGUAGAGGUGUUUGCGUCUAGUCUGUUGCCGACCUAAACAAGAAAACUUUCUCUUGAUGACCCAACGCUCUUGCUCUUUCCAUGUUACGUACAAAUUUUGUGGUAAAACUGACUCGUAAGGCAGGCCCAAAAGGUCAUUAUUGACGGAAGAGCCUUGCUAAAACUCUGGAACAUGUUCUGUCUGGGUUUGUAUGACUGUGAAAAAGAAAACUAAAUUAAUAGCAAGUCCCCCUUCCCUGUUUCAGUUAAGAGAAAUCUAUUCAUCUGAAAGUUUUUGACCUUCUUUCUGCCUCUCAGCCGAAGUAACUAAGAAGGGGGCUGCCUCAGGAGAAAUCCUAGGCCCUAGGGGUUCUUAGACUGUACAAAUGCCCUCUCUUGACUGGGGGUGACCGUGCGAAAGACCAGCAUGCCAAUGGGCAUGAGUGAAUCCACAGUCUUUACUUCUUGCCUCAUAAAGGGGCCCACUUACCCCCCAGUAUCAGUCUUUUCCUAAUGAAGCUGUGCUGCCUCAGGCUGUUUAGGGACCAUUACCUGUCUUAGGUCAUGUGAGUGUAUCUCCUUAACUGUAGUUCCUGGACAAUGCUUGCUUAAUUAGUGCUUUUGUUGAAUCAGCAAAAGUCCUGAGGCCUUAGAUUUGGUUUUUUGUUUUGUUUUUUAAUUUUUCAUUAAGGUCUCCGCUCCUGGCAUGGUGCUCAAUAUCUUGGCCAAAUAAAUUACUUUCCUUGAAUAUAGGAAUCUUUUAGGCUAAAGCAAUGAAUGAGGAGUUACCACCUCACCCUCAAACUCCAACAUGAUCUAUGCCUUAGUGUUGUUGUCUGCUUUGAUGUAAGAGUAAGAGUAUUUGGAGCAAGAAGCUGCAAUACUCCAAAUAUACAAUAGGCCUUUUCUUUGUCAUUCAUACAUGUCUGGUUUAGGUAUAUGUACAUGGGCCAUGCUAUUUGUCCAGAAAGAGAGAGUGUAAAGAAACAAGAAUAAUUUUGUAGUCCUAAAUGCCAUUUUGUUUACUUUGUCAAGAUAUUUACCAGUGUCAAAUUCAAACUAUAGUACUGUGUAAUUAUGUAUAAAGUUUUUUAUUUAUUUGAAAUUAGACUAGAUAUACAUUUUUAAAUUUAACUUCUGGCUGGACAGUGUUCUAUUAACUCAUAUGAAUGUGUUUCCUUUGUCUUGUGUUAAUAAAUAUUGAUGCCUG